AAAACAAUCGAACAAAUUCCCAGUUGACAAAUUCUCAAAUGUCAACCAUCCCCAGCUGUUCCUGCAAUGUGCAAACUGGGGCCGUAAUCACUCAGAUCUAGGCCCCUAAAUACUCAGCCGUCUCUCACGACCACCCCCACUUCACACCACCCCGAAUCGGCGUUAUGGCGAACGGCUCGACCCGGCGAAUCCUAGUCGAGACGAAAAACCUAUCCAAGGACCCGCCCCCGGGCAUCAGCGCCACCCCCGACGACAGCAACUGCCGCUACUUCCACAUCGUGAUGGCCGGGCCCCAGGGCUCGCCCUACGAAGGCGGACUGUUUCGGCUGGAGCUCUUCCUCCCUGAGAACUACCCUCUGUCGCCGCCGAACGUGCGCUUCCUGACCAAGAUCUAUCACCCCAACAUCGACAAGCUGGGGAGGAUUUGUCUGGAUAUUUUGAAGGACCAGUGGUCCCCGGCGCUUCAGAUAAGGACUGUUUUGUUGUCGAUACAGGCGCUGUUGAGCAGUCCCAACCCGGAUGACCCCCUGGCCAACGACGUGGCGUACACGUGGAAGACUAGGACGAGUGAGGCGAUUAUUCGGGCGAAGGACUGGACGAGGAUUUAUGCCAUGGAGUAGUUGUGUAUGUGUUUUGUUAUUGAAUUAAACGUGGUUGAAGCAA